UCCCUCCAAGGACCCGCCCCUUCUCUGUUUCUCUCUGCCUGGUCUUGGUCAGGUGUCUGUGGUACAGCGACGCAAACGUUCCGUCUGGGAAACCGAUUCAGGUUCGUGUUGGGACAAACACUGAGAAGGCCAUGCUCAGACGGAUAUUACAAAUGACUCCUGGAAAAGGAGGCGCCCAGAAUGCAGAGUCGGAGCAGCCCAGCACAGACGUUAACCACGAGCAAACCUCUGAGGGCUUCAUCUGUCCUCAAUGCAUGAAGUCCCACAGCUCAGCAGAGGACUUGUUCAAGCAUUAUGAGCUGUUCCACGACACUGGAGACCUUCCUGCUCAUGUGGCCCCCACUAGAGAAGACCUAUCAAUCUUGCGACAGGAGGUUCAGGACCUUCAUACAUCACUUAAGGAAGAAAGAUGGUUUUCCGGGGAGCUGAAAAAAGAAUUAGACAAAGUCCAAGGACACCUGAAGCAAAAUGACGGACAGAUGAGCUCAGAGGAUUCAGUACUAGAAAAGAAGUUAAACGAAUCAGAGACGGAAAAAUUUAACAUGAGGCAGAAAGCCGCCCAGCUGGCCACGGAGAUAGUAGAUAUAAAGUCCCGUUAUGACGAAGAGAAGAGUUUAAGGGAAGCUGCUGACCAGAAGCUUUCCAGUGUGACUGAGCUGCUUCAGCAAGAGAAGAAAGAGAAUGAGAAACUCCAGACUGAACUGCUUCAGCGUCCGGGAGUGGAGGACGUUGAGGUACUGCAGAAGGAACUUGUGCAGGUGCAGACAUUAAUGGACCGCAUGACUCGCGAGAGAGAGCAGGAGUCGGAGCGCCUCAGAGACCACUAUGAGCAGCUGCAGGCUAAAUUCACUUCCUCAGAGAUGACUAUAUCACAACUGAAAGCAGAGCUGGAGAAGGGGCCACAGGAAGCAGCUGUCUAUACACAGCAGAUCCACCAGCUUCAAAGUGACCUGAAUAAUGCUCAACAACAAAACCAGAAUCUUUCUGAAAAACUGGGACGCAAGGAAAAAGAGUAUCAGCAGCUAGAGGAGCAAAUAAAAACAGAGAAAGCUGCCAAAAAAGCAGGCCAACAUAGCCUUAGAGAGAAAGAGCGGGAAAUCCUGGAGCUGCAGGCCCGAGCCACAGGAGCAGAGACGUCCUUGCAGAAAGCCAAUGCAGAGCUUGGAGAGAAAACUGAGGAAGUGGCCAGGUUGAAGGGUGAGAUUACAGACCUGGAGGUGAAGCAUGCCGAACUAAAGGUUGAGAGGAAACAGUUGGAACAGCAAAGGGAAGAAAAGGACAGCCAAGGUGCUCAGCAGCAAACAGAAAUUGGUCAGCUUCAUGCAAAACUACUGGAGGCAGAGAGGCAAGUGGGUGAGCUGCAAGGUCGUCUGAAAGAACAGAGGCAGCUGUCUGGAGAGAAACUGAAAGACAAAGAGCAGCAAGCAGCCGAUUUGCAACUUAAACUCUCACGUGCUGAAGAACAGAUGAAAGAAAGUGCCAGUAAGAACACAGACCUGCAGCACCAGCUGGAGAAAGCCAAGCAGCAACACCAGGAGCUGCAAGCACUGCAGCAGAACACCAAUGGCAAACUCCGUGAGUCACAGAAUGACCUGGAGCAGGUAUUACGCCAGAUUGGAGAUAAGGACCAGAAGAUCCAAAAUUUGGAGGCCCUGCUGCAGAAAAGUAAGGACAUUGUGACUCAACUGGAAACUGAGAGAGAAGACUUGUGUGCCAAGAUUCAAGCCGGGGAGGGCGAGACUGCUUUGCUCAACCAACUUAAAGAGAAAAACCACGCACUACAGGAACAGGUAACCCAGCUGACAGACAAGAUGAAGAAUCAAUCGGAGAGCAACAAGCAAGCCCAGGACAAUCUGCAUAAACAAGUUCAGGAUCAGAAAACUCUACUGCGUUCAUCCCAGGACCGGGCCCACACUCUGGAGACUUCUGUCACUGAGCUCGCCGCUCAGCUCACAGACAGCAAGGAGAAGGUGACUCAGCUGGACUCUCAGCUGAAGGCAAAAACGGAGAUGUUGCUGUCUACCGAGGCAGCCAAGGCUGCACAGAAGGCCAACCUGGAGAACAACCUAGAGUCUGCUCAGCAUGCACUACAGGACAAGCAGCAGGAGCUUAUUAAAGUUCAGAAGAAAGUAGAGGAGCAGGCACAGAGACUCAAGGAGAGGCAGGAACAGUGCAGUCAACUGGAAGCCUCUCUUAAGGAGUACAAGGACAAACGUCUGGCCUCGGAGCAACAUGUAGAGAAGCUUGAGGGGCUCAAUAAGAAACUGGAAGCACAGGUGGCAGAGGUGCAGGCUGCAAGGGAUCAGACGCGAAAAGAAGUGAAGAAUCUGCAGAAGGAGGCAUCUGAGGUCAAACAAAAAGUUAAGGAUCUGCAGCUUUUGCUGGACAAUGAAAAAGCAGCGAACGUGACGCUUCAAGAGGAAAUAAAGACAAAGGCUUCCUCGUUGAGUGACAACCAGAAGCAAUUGGAGUGCUGCGAGCAGGGCAACGCUGCUCUUGAACUCAAUGUGGCCAAGCUGACCCAAGAAGGGGAGGUUCAGCAUGCAGAGUGGGACAAGAAAGCAAAGGGCUUUGCUGCAGACUUGCUCAAGGUCCAACAGGAGAAAGAGACUCUAAAGAAAGAGCUGUCUUCCACUCAGGAAAGUCUCGGCAAGACCCGCAAGGCCCUGAAAGAAUGUGAGCGUCAACUGGACACAGAAAGGAAGAAUCAAAAGGCAGCCAUGGAGGAAAAGGAAAAGUCCUAUGAAAAGGCAAGAGGGGAUCUUCAGAAGAGUAACGAGAGCAUCAGCAAGGCAAUGACGGAAUCUAACCAACAACUGGAGCAGAUGAGAGAAGUAGAGAAGAAGCUGAAAGUGCAGUUGGUAUCAUUGGAACAACAGAACACAAAAUCUCUGAGGGAGAAGGACCAAAUGUUGGGGAAGCUGGAAGAGCAAUUUAAGACCGCCACUGUAAACUAUAAGGAGGAGAUAAAGAAGCUGAAGGGAGAAAUUGCAGAGUUACGGGAAGUCAGUGUUAAGAAAGUGGAGGAAGAACGCCAACUAAGGGAGCAGGCAACAGAAGUCAGCCAGCAGCUGGCUUCUGAGAGGAGCCAGACAGCAGAGCUACAAAAGGCUUUAGAACAAAGUCGCAAAAGCCUCAUUAAGCUUCAGUCGGACCUCUAUGGAAAAGAGUCUGAGCUUUCAGCACUACAGGAAGACCUCAAAGUAGCUGAGGACAAACUACGGUUGAACCAGGAAGAGUUGGCAGCUAACCAGACCCAUCAGACUGCGUUAGAAAAUCAGAUCCAAGAGCAAAAGAAAAGCUGGAAUUCUCUGGAGCAAGAGCUCGGUAGUCGAGAUCAGAGAAUCCAGCAGCAGGAGAAAGCAUUGAAUGAUCUCCAGAAGGCACAGGGUCAACUUAAGGUGGACCUGGAGAAGGAGAGGAGCAAAAUGGAGGAGCUGCUCAAAGAUAAGAGUUACCUGGAAAAGAACAACACCAGGCUGACUUCGGAGAUGAAAACGCUAACAGCAAAGAGUGACAAGGAUCUGCGAGAGUUGCAAGAAGCCAAGCAGCUGUUGAUCCAGCAGAAACUGGAGCUGCAGAGCCAGCUGGAGAUUGCGCAGGGUGCCCUCCAACAGGAACAGAAAGAACACCAGACCACCAGGGACACCUGCAAUCAAAGAGCGGAUCAGCUUCUCGCCAAAACCAAAGAUCUCCAAGAUCAGCUGUCCUCCGAGAAGCGAGCCAAUGAUGAGCAGGUGAAGCGAGGAGAGGAAGUGGAGGCGAAAAUGGGUGCCCAGAUGACAGCGCUGAAUGAAAACGUGGCCACCCUAAAGAGAGAGUGGCAGAGUAGCCAGCAACGAGUGUCUGAGCUAGACAAGCAGACAGACGAGCUGAGGGGGGAAAUUGCUGUGCUGGAGGCCACUGUGCAACACAACCAGGAUGAGAGACGUGCGCUUUUGGAAAGGUGUGUCAAGGGAGAAGGAGAAAUUGAGAAGCUCCAAGCCAAGAUGCUGGAACUGAGGCGCAAAGUUGACGACACGACGGCAGCCAUGCAGGAGCUGGGCCGAGAGAACCAGUCCCUCCAGAUUAAGCAGUCCCAGAGUCUUACCAGGAAAUGGGCAGAGGAUCACGAGGUGCAGAACUGCAUGACGUGUGGCAAAGGCUUCUCUGUCACUGUCAGGAAGCAUCACUGCAGACACUGCGGAAAUAUUUUCUGCGCCGAGUGUUCGUCGAGGAACGCCUUGACGCCGUCCUCCAAAAAACCCGUGCGGGUGUGCGAGACGUGUUUUGAGGAGCUGCAAGGCUGAGUCAACUCUCAAGGCGAAAACUCAAGUUGUCUUUGUCGUGUAAGAUGUGCACCAAAAAGGACAGAGCCAGUGUUGUGAAGGUAAGAGAGGGGCCUUUUAGUGGCAAACGUGCUGACGCAGGAGCGCCCAGACUUGUGUGUACAGUGCGUUUUUGUGCCUUUGCUCAUUCUGUGACCGGCCGCUAGGUGGCGACAGAAGCAAAUAAACGCCUCCCAUGACUUCUAAGUUGUCUUUAUCUGUAGUGUUUGGCUUCUGUAAAAGUGGCUUAAAAGGUCGAUGGGAGAUUGAAGUCAUCACAGUGGAAGUCAAUCAGUAAAUGUAAUGUUGAAAAGCACAGCUGCCGCGCAAAUGUAAAUGCAAGUAACUAUUUUGUCUUAAAAACAAAAUCACAAAUAUAUUUUUCUUUAUACAUAAUCCCUCCGUUUGUCUAGCAUAGUACUUUGAUAAGUUGGGUUGAUGGUUUGGAUCUGUUAAUGUCACACAUCAAAUGUGAGAAUCGAGAAGUAACACACCUGGAAAAAGUCGUCUCAUGAAUCGGUUCAUUUCUGUGCAGCUUUUUACACCUCUGAUGUCAGAACAGUUACUGCAUGUUGCCUUUGUGUGGCAGCCCAUUUGUGCGUGCGCGCGCACGUUUAUCUGUUGACAUUGUUGUAUAUGAUGACCAAAGAAUGUGAGCAGAGGAAAAACUCAGUUUCAUAUUUCAGUUAAAUCAUCUUGUCAAGUUCAGUUCUUAACACAGCACUGCACGCCGUGGCUGACAUUCUUUUAUCGUGCCACAUUUCUAUUGUGCGUGUUAAUAUCUUUAAAAGAGGUGGUGCUUGUUUUUUCAAACUGGCAAUGCAGUCAUGAAACGUGCCUGCAUGUUCUUUUGUUUGCGAGUGUGGGUUAAGUGUCAGGAUGCACAUUGCACGACCUGCAGACAUUAAUGCUCAAUUUAUGUCUCGCGCUUGUAAGAAUUGAAAUCUUUAUUUAAUUUAUGACUCCACUUGUGAAUCAUUCGUUAGUUCUUUUAAGCACUGAAGCAGGCUGCAAAAAUGUAUUACAAAAAAUAUAUAUUUUGGCAUCACGCUCCAACUUAGAAUGUUUCACAACCGUUUCCUUUUUUGUCUACCUCAGACGGGUAGGGGAAGGGGAGCUUUAUGUCAACCUUCAAGACGUCAUGUCAUAUAGACUGCAGUACCUAAUUCUAUUCAUAGCUCCCUUUCUCAUUGUAGUGCUACUACAAGAGUCAGCAUUUCUGUCCCUGAAAGGAAACGUAAAAUUGAGUUGGUGCAGUAUUAUUUUUCUUUUUUUAACCGAGCACCACCACAGACUUGUAGAUUAGACACUCUGUCAUUCUUUUCGUUCUUCCAGUCUGCUGUCAAACAUGUUAAGCAGCAAAACGAUGUCUCGUGGUAUGAAGGGUUUGAUUUGAUGGUUGUGGGUGAAGGUGUAUGCCUUCACGCACUGUUACCUUUGUUUAGGUGGGCCAACAUGUAUUAAAUAGUGACAAGAAAUAUUUUGUAAUGCACACUCACUUGAAUCAGUUCAUUUUCUAAUUCAUGGCAAUGAAAAACGUAAAUAAAACAUUCAUAAUUCUGUCA